AGGGCACCAGAAGAAACCUUUCAAGUAUUGAUUGAAGAAGAUCCGACAAACCAAAAUCUAAUUUGUGACUCUGAAGAAGAGCAGCUAUUGGCGGUAGCUCCAAAAUCACAAUCCACAAAAACCAAAACGGACGACCACCAGAAGAAAAUACCCCGAAAGGUUCAAAAGCCGAACCUUAAGAGCAAGUCGAUCAACCAGAUCUACAUCUGCGAGUUGUGCGGCACUCAUGCCACAUCGAAAAGCAAUUUGGAUCGACACAUUCUGAAGCACACAGGGGAGCGGCCAUUUGCAUGCGAGGAAUGCGGUGCUAGGUUUCGAAGCGCUGCAGAGCAACGUGAUCAUCGUCGGGUUCACACAAAGGAUCGUCCAUUUGGCUGCCGCUUCUGCGACCGGAAAUAUGUAAGCUAUAUGGGGAGACUAAAGCACGAGAGGAUUCAUACCAAUGAUCGACCAUUUGUCUGCAUUGAGUGCGGGAAGACCUUCUCUGACGCUUAUGUACUCAAGAACCACAUGCUCAUCCACUCGGGUGAGAGGCAAUUUAAGUGUGAUCUUUGCGAUCGAUCCUUUCAGAGGAAGUCCCAUCUUGUGACCCACUACCGCUCGAAGUUGCAUCAGAGGAAUGUACAAAAAUAG